CCUCCUCGCGGCCGCCGCGGCCGGUCCACCCGGCUCCCGGCAGCAAACCUGUCUCGGCGGGGCGGGAGCGGAGCUUCCUCCUCCGCGUGCGGUGCCGCGCCGCCGGCUUGUCCUUCCGCCCCUGCCUCCGCAGCACUCGAGCGAGCGAGGCGACGAGCGGAAGGUGCACUGGAGCCGACGCUCGCGAUGCGGCCGGCGGGAGCCGCGGCCGUCGCGGCGGGGUCGCCUGCACGGGAGAUGCCGCAGUGCGGGGAGCCGCAGCAGGCCCAGUCGCCCCCGGCCUCGCAGCUGCCUCUGGUCGCACCUUCGGGGCCGCCGCUCCCGGCUCCGGGCAGCGCGACCAUCAACCGUCUUCCCGAGCCGCUGCUGCGGAAGCUCAGCGGGAGCUUGGACCGAGCGCCCGAGGGCCGGGGCUGGAGGAGGCUGGCGGAGGUUGCGGGGAGUCGGGGGCGCCUCCGGCUAAGCGGCCUGGACUUGGAGCAGUGUUCCCUGAAGGUCCUGGAGCCCGAAGGAAGCCCGAGCCUGUGCCUGCUGAAGCUCCUGGGCGAGAAGGGCUGCACCGUCGCGGAGCUGAGCGACUUCCUGCAGGCUCUGGAGCACACCGACGCCCUGCAGCUCCUCAGCCCCCCAGGAAUAAAGAUCACUGUGAACCCGGAAUCAAAGGCGGUCUUGGCCGGACAGUUUGUGAAGCUCUGUUGCCGGGCAACUGGGCAUCCUUUUGUGCAGUAUCAGUGGUUCAAAAUGAAUAAAGAGAUCCCAAAUGGAAAUGCAUCAGAACUUAUUUUUAACACAGUGCACGUGAAAGAUGCCGGCUUUUAUGUCUGUCGAGUCAACAAUAACUGCACCUUUGAAUUCAGCCAGUGGUCGCAGCUGGAUGUUUGCGAUGUCACAGAAUUAGCAGAAAGCUUCCAGGGAAGUCUGGAUGCCAUCUCUGAAUCCAAGUUGCAAAUAUGUGUUGAGCCAAAGUCCCAGAAGCUGAUGCCAGGCAGCACACUGGUCCUGCAGUGCGUGGCGGUGGGAAGCCCUAUUCCUCACUACCAGUGGUUUAGAAACGAGGCCCUGUUAGCCCACGAGACGAAAAAGAUAUACAUGGUGCCGUACGUGGAUUUGGAGCAUCGGGGAACCUACUGGUGUCGCGUCUAUAAUGACCGGGACAGUCUCGAUAGCAAGAAGGUAGAAGUCACCGUAGGAAGAACAGAUGGGGCAGUGGAGUGCACGGAAGAUGAAUUACAUCAUCUUGGGCAUCCUGAUAAUAAAGAGCAAACAGCUGAACAACCUUUGGCAAAGGACAAGGUGGCUCUUUUGAUAGGCAACAUGAAUUACUGGGAGCACCCCAAGCUGAAGGCCCCGCUGGUGGAUGUGUAUGAGCUGACCAACCUGCUAAGGCAGCUCGACUUCAAAGUCGUCUCCCUGCUGGAUCUGACCGAGUAUGAGAUGCGCAAUGCUGUGGACGAGUUUUUACUGCUUUUAGACAAAGGAGUAUAUGGAUUAUUAUAUUACGCGGGACACGGUUAUGAAAACUUUGGAAACAGCUUUAUGGUCCCUGUUGACGCCCCAAACCCGUAUAGGUCUGAAAAUUGCCUGUGUGUGCAAAACAUACUGAAAUUGAUGCAAGAAAAGGAAACUGGACUCAACGUGUUCUUGUUGGACAUGUGUAGGAAAAGAAAUGACUACGACGACACCAUCCCAAUCCUGGACGCACUGAAAGUCACGGCCAACAUCGUGUUUGGAUAUGCCACGUGUCAAGGAGCAGAAGCUUUUGAAAUCCAGCACUCUGGAUUGGCAAAUGGAAUCUUUAUGAAAUUUUUAAAAGAUCGAUUAUUAGAAGACAAGAAAAUUACUGUGUUACUGGAUGAAGUCGCAGAAGAUAUGGGCAAAUGCCACCUCACCAAAGGCAAGCAGGCCCUAGAGAUCCGAAGCAGCUUGUCGGAGAAGCGGGCACUGACGGACCCCAUACAAGGAACGGCGCACUCCGCAGAGUCCCUGGUGCGGAACCUGCAGUGGGCCAAGGCACACGAGCUCCCCGAAAGCAUGUGUCUGCGGUUUCAGUGUGGCGUCCAGGUCCAGCUAGGGUUUGCAGCCGAGUUCUCCAACGUCAUGGUCAUCUACACGAGCAUCGUCCACAAGCCGCCCGACAUAAUGAUGUGCGACGCCUACGUCACCGAUUUUCCGCUUGACCUAGAUAUUGAUCCGAAAGAUGCAAAUAAAGGGACACCUGAAGAGACCGGCAGCUAUCUAGUAUCAAAGGAGCUUCCCAAGCAUUGCCUGUACACUAGACUCAGUUCACUGCAGAAACUAAAGGAACAGCUCAUCUUCACGGUGUGCUUGUCCUAUCAGUACUCGGGGCUGGAAGACACCAUCGAGGAGAAGCAGGAGGUGAACGUGGGGAAGCCUCUCAUUGCCAAGCUCGACAUCCACCGAGGCUCGGGGAGGAACACGUGCUUCCAGACCUGCGUCAUGUGCAACGGCCCCUACCCGAGCUCCGCGCCCGCCCCGGCCGGACUCUACCACCCCUCGCAGGACUCCUUCCUCGGCGUCUACCACUCGCAUCUCGGCGACUCCGGCAGCAGCGUCCCGCCGUCAGACAGCUGCCACUGCAGCCGGACUGCGGACGCAUUCAUUUCCAGUCACCACGCGCACCGGUACUCGUCUCCGUUCGGGGGCAGUAACGUGCCCGUCGAGACCACCGACGAGAUCCCGUUCAACUUCUCCGAGGGGCUCAGGAUCUCUGAGAAGUGACCUCCUCGCUUUUGAAAGUUACAGCUGCCAGAUGCCUCCGACGCCACAGCACUUGUAGGAAGUGGGGUGUUCUGGGAAAGCACACGUGCGUGUAGGAAGGAAAAGUAAGAGCCGCCCCUGGUGCGCUCAGGACUCGGAGCUGAGCCGCUGGAUUUCUGCUGUUCAACCGCAGACUUCCGCGUCCUGCUUUCUCGGCGAAGGCCUCGGCCGAUUGGCUCUGCGAGAGGGAGGCACGGAUGUGGGCGUGUUCGUUUGUACAUAACCGAAGUAUUUCCGUUCUGACCACCCCGAAGGGAGAACACUGGGAACGGCAUCCCUGUGGAAUAAAUCCUUGCGUUUUUAGAGCCAGAAAAAGGAUCUCUGUGAUGCUCAGGCUCGCCCGGA